AUGAGCUACUACGGCGGCUACUACGGAGGCCUGGGCUGGGGCUGGGGCGGCUGCGGGGGCCUGGGCUAUGGCUGGGGCGGCUGCGGGGGCCUGGGCUGGGGCUCCGGCUGGGGCGGCUGCAGAUACGGCUGCUGGCAGCCUUGUUGCUACGGCCGGUACUGGUCCUCCGGCUUCUACUGA